AUGCAUCGUGCUUUGCUAGUCUCAGAAAUCCUCGUGCAGAUACUCAUCAAUUUGAGUAAACCCCCGGGUUCAGAAAUCUUUGGCUGGUCUCCAUCAUCAACACGCAAAUCGCUUGCAUCGCUCGCCUUGACAUGCACAACCUUUCACGAGCUUGCGAUGGAUUUUCUUUGGUCUAACAUGCAUGGGUUAAGACCACUGUUAGGCUGUGUGACGAGGCUACAUCCAGUGAUAUAUGAUCCUGAGUCCAAGUAUUCCUGGUCCCAGUACUACGCUGACCCAUUAGCCGAGCACGAAUUCCAUCAGUUUUUGCGCCAUUCCGCUCGUGUGCGCCAUCUAAUCAUAUCAGCCAGCAAUUAUUUUCGCCUUCUUACGGCCCUUCCCAUCGAGACACGUGUAUUUCCGAAUCUGCGGUCGUUAUCCUGGUUGGUUCAACGCACGGAAAUAGGAGACUUGCGCUUUUUCCUGCCACCAACCUUGCGCUGUUGUUCUGUAUCGGAAGUCCCAUUAGAUAUGAAAUAUAUUGGGGCACGCUGUCCUGAUAUGGAGGAGUUUACCGUCCAUGAGGAUAGCGACAUGGCGCAACUCUCUGAAACCCUUCGUUCAUGCAAGAGGCUCAGACGUCUGCAAUGUCCGCCGUUCGACUCAGCAGCAUGGAUGCACCUUUCUACCAUCCCCACCCUUCUCGAGGUGAAGAUUUCCACACCACGCACAAUUCAUUACCCCUUGGACAAUCUCAAUUUUGCAACUUUCCUUCGCCUCACGUCUCUUUCGCUCUGUGGAAUAGAAGUGGCAUCCGCUGUCGCGAUCAUACAACAUUCCAAAUUCCCUUCGCUAAAGGAGUUCGAAAUGCAUGUCCGUGUUUUACCUUGGGCAGAGGCUGAGCAGCUUUUCCGUGCACUGUCACUGUGCAAAGCCUCCCAGACCCUUGAAAGCAUCAAAAUUUCUUCCCGCAAUAGAACCCAGGAGCACACAAGCGACUCGUUGACGGCAGUCAAGCAGUUUCUUUGCUUCAAGGAACUGCGAACGCUGGGGCUAUCUGUUCAUUACCCCAUCUACCUCGACGAUGACCUUCUUUUUGAAGCCAUGACAACUUGGCCGCAUAUUCACUCCUUCCAAUUGAUGAACUGGUAUCCUUCUCCAGCUACCCUUACAUUUCGCGGGCUGUUCGCGGCGCUUCGUCUAUGUCCGCAGUUGCAAGACCUGCAAGUAUCGAUCGACGCCCGAAAUAUCGAUAUCGAGCCUGAAGUCGAGUCAUUCCAACAUACUUCCCUGAACAAUCUGAUCAUAGACUCGCGUGAGCUCGAAACCGUGAAUGUUGAAGCUGUUGCUCGCAUCAUUUACUACAUGCUUCCCGCCGUCAGCCAAGUUGUGUGUUCAAAUGGCGGCGUCCCACAAUUGUGGUACGACGUCAACAAGCAUCUCGAUAUGCUUAGAAACAAACCGUACUCGGCGCCUGAACCCUGCAUCACAGAAGCAGCGCUAGCCCUGAGUUAG